GACAUAGUGACCCCUAAUCAGGCAAUUGGCUUAAUCCCUCUUCAAUCAUGUACUAUGUUGCUUUCAUUCAUUAUGCUAUGAGAUUUCUAAACUUCAUGCUUGUCUUGUUUGUGACUUGGGCGUUGUGGACAGGUGUGGCAUCGAAUACUGUGAUGUGCUUCAUCGCGGUGCUCGACAUCACUCUGGUGAGUUGGAGAGGAUUUUGCUAGAGGGCCCCUUCUGUUGAGUUUGGUAUUUCGACAAGCGAAGAUACUGCUAGUCUAUGGGGAUGGCUGCCCCUAGAGUGCCUGCCGUGGUACCAGAUUGCAUGCGGACUACUGACACCUUCACUCCAGAGGACAUCAUACCAGCUAUAGAGGGCACCAAUGUAAAGAUCUUCUCUGGUGUGGCAUCUAAUUCCUUCAUGACCAUGACUUCCAUACAAAGUGAAGGCAGAGAAGCAUAUAUGGCACAGAAUGGAGUGGAAACUGUCACUCAUGUGCUGCUGUGCUGCCCUUUUAGUUGGAGAGUUUGGUCCAAUAUUAUUGGGUGGUGGGGAGUAUCUGGGGUGCAGCCGGGGUCAGUUUCUGGAAUUUUUCAGUGGUGGACUGGUUAUAGAUGUAACAACAAACUGAAGGUGCUUUGGAAGAUUAUUCCAGUGGCAGUGCUAUGGUCUAUAUGGAAGCAGGGGAAUGAAAAUCUUCUUAAUGACACACAGGUGGACUAGGAAAAGUUGUGUGAACUUAUCAAAACACGGAUUGCAUUGUGGUUCAGAGCUUCUAGUCCUUCUUGUUGCUAUUCAGUCAAUGACAUAGUGUUCAAUUUGAAAAAUGUGAAAUUCUGCAUCAUGCACUGAUAGGGUAAACUUGUGAACUAGUAGUUUGUUGGUGCUUCACUGGUUUGCUGCUGCACUGAUGGUGUGAACCUGUGAACUAGUAGUUUGUUGGUGAUUCACUGGUUUGCUGCUGCACUGAUGGGGUUAGCUGUAGCUAAUGAGCUGCUGUUGUGCUGCUAUGCUUUAUUGUGAGGUGUUGAUGCUGAUGCUGCUCAUGUCUUGCUGAUGUUCUGCUGCUCAUGGUUUUGCUCUGGUUUUAAUGUUUUGCUCUGGUUUUGUUCUGGUUUUUGUUUCUCUUUGUUGGCUUCUCACCAACUAGGAGGUUGGAGCUCGGUUUUAGCUCCAAGUUCCACUUUAUUGAUGUAACUUUUCAUACUUUGUAUGGGCUUAUCAUCAAUAAAGUCUUUUGUUUUGCCGAUCAAAAAAAAAAAGAAAACAUUAGCUUAGACAAUAAAAUCCAACCAACCACCAUCACUAACCAUCACAAUAAUCAUAACACAUUUUAAUUAUUUUGAUUAGGUCAUAUUAAAGCCCUAAGCUUUGGGGUAUACAGUUUUGCAUUGAAGAUUCUGCUUCAAAAUUGUUCAGGAGAUAUUUCAGUUAUUGGAGACAUUGUGGAGGAGAUUAAUAUAAUUUGCAGCAGCUUGAAUCCUUUACGGUGUUCUUGGAAGAGAAGAGAAGCAAACGCUUGGGUUAAUGCUUUAGCAUUUGAGGCUGACAACAUAGUGGAUGAAUCUUUUGGAUGGACUCUGCCUGCUAAACUUCCUAUCCUUCUAGAACAUUCCAAUUAUUAGCUGUCUCUGUUUUAUCCAAAUAAAGAAAGAAGUAACUCAUGCAAGGGGUCCAACACCAUCCAACUUGCUCACACUUCAGCAGUUAACAUCCCAUGCACUGUCGGCAUUCAUAGCUUUAUUAAAAUUUCUUGGGCACUCCAAGUUACGGAGUGUAAUCAUAUAGUUGAUUUUUUCUAAUAGAAACCAUGAUGCUUCUACUGUAUUUUAUUGCUUACUACCUUAAUAAACAAUUGGAGUUGUAGCUAUUUGAUUGUAUUAUAGCUAAAUCAGCACAAUUUCUGUUUUAUCCAA